AUGGGAUAUGAGUGGAAUGGGGAUCCUACCAUCCUCAUCGUAGUCAUUGCCUGCUCGGUAUGCUUCGGAUGGGUGCCCAUCAUCACCGUUGUCAGCAUCGUCCGCCACUGCCGUGCCCGCCUAAGGGCAAAACGAGGCUCGAAUGGUACCAAUUCUGAUGCCGAAAGUCAAGGAGGCAGACCCAGCACCGCUCCUGAUGUGCCCAAGCCACUCCAGACAUAUCACCCCAGCUCAACCAAGGGUCUCGAGAGGAGCGCGUCAAGUCGGACACGCAGCUCCGCUGAUGGCUACGACCUCAAACGUGUCGACACCAAUUCUUCCUGGAAUCCCAUCCGUCACUCCUUUCACUACGACAACGAAUCGCUUUGGGGAGGAGACGGGCUGUCCAGGAGCAACAGUCGUCAUCGGCCCCCGUACUUUCCCACCCACGUACACAACACGACACCUUCACUCAGCCGCCCAGCCUCCAUCCGCUCUGUCGCAUCGAGCCAUCGGCAACAGAGCCGGAGCCGCCGAAGCUCAAUGGCCAGCAACUCUGACAACGCACCGGCAGCCUUCCAGAUCAAUGACACCUACUACGACACUACACCGCUACCAAAUGUGACGAGGACUGUAAACCCUGUCGUCGCCAGCAGUAGUACGCCCACCUCGUCAAAGGGGCCAGGACAAGCUCCACAGCAACGUCAACAGAAGCAGCCAAAGCAAGACAAUUCACACCCACCGCAGCGCAACCGCCGCAGAAGGCACUCUCUUGACGCCCGCCGGGAUUCGGAUUCUCUAACCCGGGACAUCUCUAGACCCAACACCUCCAUGACAAGACGAGAAGUCGAAGAAUACGAAGACCUCGACAACCAGAAGCAAAAGGCCACCCACCGUAGCCACCGACCACCCCGGCCAGGAUCAGCAUCACGGCGUGACAGCCACCCAGCACCCGGCGGCAGCGAAGAGACUGACGAUGACCUGUCCAUGGCCGGGGCCUUGCCGCCUGCCAAGUUGCCCCCGAGGCGAGCAUCGCUCCAUGCACAAACAUUUGAGCGUCCGGCAUGGCUGGACGAGGAGCCCCAUGCCAUGUGA